UAUGCACAAAUAUGGUAGUUGGUAAGAUUAAUCUUUCGAUCCCAUACUGCUUUCCCCUUGACCUGGCUCUUAUUUCUGACCAUGCACAUCGCUUUGCGUAUUUUACCUGACGAGUUUUCUCUCUACCAGCUACCAAAGGAUAGUAAACUCCCGCACCAACUUUUGGAUUUGCCAUGGUACACUAUUUCUAAAACGGCCUCUGAGAUCUCGCUGGUGCUCCCUUCCGGCGUUGAUACCCAUAACGCGCUUCAGUCAGCCAAGUCUGAAGGAGGCUGGCGCGGAUUACAAGUGGACGCCCAAAUGGAAUUCGGUUUGGUCGGCAUUCUGGCCAGCAUCAUUGACCCGCUACGAGAUAACCAAAUCCCAGUUUUCGUUGUUAGCACUUACGAUACAGACUAUGUGUUUAUCAAGGACACCGUGUUGGAAAAGGCCAUUGGCGUGUUAAGCAGUACAAAAAACAUCGUAUUGAAGCCAGGCAAAUCUGUUUUGGAAAUAUAAAAUAAAAAAAAAAUGUGAUUUUUUUUUGGCCGCCAGC